AUGGCUGUUCUUUUCAAACUCUUUCUUCUUUCUUGCUUCGUUACUUCUGCUACUUCAUCCUUAGCUACCACUAGUCCCACCAAUGCAAAACCUAAGCGAUUGGUCACCAAACUCAUUCACCAUAACUCAAUUUACUCUCCAUACUACAACCCUAAGGACACCAUAGCAGGCCGAGCUAGACAUGCCAUAGACAGUUCAAAAGCUCGUUUUGACUACAUAUGGAAGAAGAUUCAAGGGAUUUCUCUAGACACAGAUGAUGUGCGCUCUGGCGUUAUUGCUGAGAGUAGGCGUACAGGGUUUCUGGCAAAUAUAUCCAUUGGUUCACCUCCUGUUCCACAGCUCCUAGUUAUGGACACAGGUAGUAGUCUAUCGUGGACUCAAUGUCGGCCUUGCACUCCCUGUUUUUUCCAAGCUCUUCCAAUUUUUAAUCCUCCCAAGUCUUCCACUUAUCGUUUAGUACCUUGUGAUUCUCCUAAUUGCAAUCGUCAAGUUCCCGGUAUUAUUUGUCGAGCUCCACGUUGCGGCUUUGAACUACGAUACGGUGAUGGCACCACUGUAUCUGGGUUUGUGAGCACUGAAAAGAUCACCUUUGAGACUUCUGAUGAAGGAAUAACAUCGGUACCCAAUUUAGUUUUUGGUUGUGGAACUAACGUGGUUAAUAAUCUGGGUACUUUGGGUGGCCAAACUAGUGGAUUACUUGGUCUUGGCGCUGAGGUGAUAUCAAUGGCGAAUCAACUGGGUUCUAAAUUCUCUUACUGCUUUGGAUCUAUAUGGGAUCCUCACUAUAUUCAUAAUCAAUUGAUUUUUGGAGAAGGAGCAAAAACAGAAGGCAUUACUACCUUUCUUGAUAUUAUUGGUAGCUUUUACUAUGUAAGGUUAGAGAGUAUCAGUGUGGGUGAGAAAAUGCUAGAUAUUUCGCCCCAAGUGUUUGAAUUGUAUGAAGACGGCACACGUGGAGUCAUUAUUGAUUCAGGGGCAACACUUACUUAUCUACCAAAAGCUGCGUUUGAUCCACUUAAAGAUGAAGUACUAAGUUUGAUGAAUGGCAUUGUAAAAUUCAUCGGAACGCAACAUUCAAGUCCUUGCUUCAAGGGGCUUAUUGAUCGUGACCUUGUUGGGUUUCCAGUAGUUACCUUUAACUUUGCAAAUGGGGUUGACUUGGCUUUAGAUGUAAAGAGCUUUUUUUACAUGGCAGGUCCAAACGCCUUUUGCAUGGCUAUGGCUCCGACUACUGAAGCCAACUUGACAAUAAUUGGAGUAAUGGCUCAACAAAGUUAUAAUAUUGCCUAUAAUCUUGCUCAGAGUUCAAUUUCUAUACAGCGGAUUGACUGUGCACUCUUAGAGUGA